CAGGAGAGUGAGCGAGGUGCUGACGUCGCGCGGGAGGCGGAGGCGACGGCGACCUCGGCAGCGGCUACGGCGGGGACGGUAGCGCUCGCUCGCUCUCUUGGCGUCAUGGCGGAGGCCGGGAGCCGAUAAGCGGCGGGAGCGAGAGCGGGAGCGCGCGCCGGCGGAGACGACGCUGCUUACUUCAACCCCCGCCGCCUCCGGCGCGGCGCCCUGAGGAUGAACUGACUGGUCGGCGCCGCGGGGACCGCGCGUCGGAGCCGCGGUUGGGCCGCCCCCGCCCUCCCCGCACGGACGCCCGGAGCCGAGGACCCGGCGGCAGCGACCGCGGGCCCGGGCGCGGGGCAGGCCGCGACCCUGUCGGCCCCUUCGCCGCUGAGCCCACGCGUCCUCCGGUGAAUCAGAGAGGUCCCAGGAAAUUUGUGAAUGUUGAAGAGAAUUCAUCUGUGAAUUUUUUUAUAUUCGAGGAGGAGUUAGUAUUUAUAGUCAUCUUUUAAACUGGGAAGAUUUAUAUUUUAUUUUAAAACUUCCUGGUAUUUACAAUGAAUGGACACAGUGAUGAAGAAAGUGUUAGAAACAAUAGUGGUGAAUCAAGCCAGUCGGAUGAUGAUUCGGGGUCGGCUUCAGGCUCUGGCUCUGGUUCGAGCUCUGGAAGCAGUAGUGAUGGGAGCAGUAGCCGGUCAGGUAGCAGUGACUCCGACUCUGGGUCUGAGUCGGGCAGUCAGUCGGAGUCUGAGUCAGACACUUCCCGAGAAAACAAAGUGCAAGCAAAACCGCCAAAAGUUGAUGGAGCUGAGUUCUGGAAGUCUAGCCCUAGUAUUCUGGCUGUUCAGAGAUCUGCAAUGCUUAAGAAGCAGCAGCAGCAGCAGCAGCAGCAGCAGCAGCAACAGGCCUCAUCUAACAGUGGCUCAGAAGAGGAUUCCUCUAGCAGUGAAGAUUCUGAUGAUACAUCAAGUGAGGUCAAGAGGAAAAAGCAUAAAGAUGAAGAUUGGCAGAUGUCUGGGUCAGGAUCUCCAUCUCAGUCUGGUUCAGAUUCAGAAUCUGAAGAACAAGAUAAAAGUAGUUGUGAUGAGACGGAAUCUGAUUAUGAGCCAAAAAACAAAGUCAAAAGCAGAAAACCUCAAAACAGAUCUAAGUCAAAAAAUGGAAAGAAGGUUCUUGGACAAAAAAAGAGACAGAUCGAUUCAUCUGAGGAUGAUGAUGAUGAGGAGGAUUAUGAUAAUGAUAAAAGGAGCUCUCGUCGCCAGGCAACCGUCAACGUCAGCUACAAGGAGGACGAGGAGCUGAAGACAGACUCUGAUGACCUGCUGGAAGUCUGCGGGGAGGAUGUUCCUCAGCCGGAGGAGGAGGAGUUUGAAACCAUAGAGAAGUUUAUGGACUGUAGGAUUGGCAGAAGAGCAGCUACCGGUGCUACUACAACCAUCUAUGCAGUGGAGGCAGACGGCGACCCGAAUGCAGGGUUUGAUAAAGACAAGGAGCCUGGAGAGACCCAGUAUCUAAUUAAGUGGAAAGGAUGGUCCCACAUUCAUAACACUUGGGAAACAGAAGAAACUCUUAAGCAGCAGAAUGUUAGGGGAAUGAAAAAAUUGGAUAAUUAUAAGAAAAAAGAUCAGGAAACAAAAAGAUGGUUGAAAAAUGCUUCUCCAGAAGAUGUGGAGUAUUAUAAUUGCCAGCAAGAACUUACAGAUGAUCUACAUAAACAGUAUCAAAUAGUGGAACGUAUCAUUGCUCAUUCCAAUCAAAAGUCAGCAGCUGGUUAUCCUGAUUAUUACUGUAAGUGGCAGGGCCUUCCAUACUCAGAAUGUAGCUGGGAAGACGGAGCUCUCAUUUCCAAAAAGUUUCAGGCAUGCAUUGAUGAGUAUUUUAGCAGGAACCAAUCAAAAACCACUCCUUUUAAAGAUUGCAAAGUAUUAAAACAAAGGCCAAGGUUUGUAGCCUUGAAGAAGCAACCAUCCUAUAUUGGAGGACAUGAGGGUUUAGAAUUAAGAGACUAUCAACUAAAUGGUUUGAACUGGCUUGCUCACUCUUGGUGCAAAGGAAACAGUUGUAUACUUGCAGAUGAGAUGGGCCUAGGGAAGACCAUACAGACCAUCUCCUUUCUGAACUACUUGUUUCAUGAGCACCAGCUGUAUGGGCCUUUUCUGCUCGUGGUGCCCCUCUCCACUCUCACUUCCUGGCAGAGAGAGAUCCAGACGUGGGCCUCUCAGAUGAAUGCUGUGGUUUACUUAGGUGACAUUAACAGCAGAAACAUGAUAAGAACUCAUGAAUGGAUGCAUCCACAGACCAAACGAUUAAAAUUUAAUAUAUUGUUAACAACUUAUGAAAUUUUAUUGAAGGAUAAGGCAUUCCUUGGAGGUCUCAAUUGGGCAUUUAUAGGUGUUGAUGAAGCACACCGAUUAAAAAAUGACGACUCUCUUCUGUAUAAAACUCUGAUAGAUUUUAAGUCCAAUCACCGUCUCCUUAUCACUGGAACUCCUCUACAAAACUCCCUCAAGGAACUCUGGUCUUUGCUACAUUUCAUUAUGCCAGAAAAGUUUUCUUCCUGGGAAGAUUUUGAGGAAGAACAUGGCAAAGGCAGAGAAUAUGGCUAUGCGAGCCUCCACAAGGAGCUCGAGCCGUUCUUGUUACGGCGUGUUAAGAAGGACGUGGAAAAAUCUCUUCCUGCCAAAGUGGAGCAGAUUUUAAGAAUGGAAAUGAGUGCUUUACAGAAACAAUAUUACAAGUGGAUUUUAACUAGGAAUUACAAAGCCCUCAGCAAAGGUUCCAAGGGCAGUACCUCAGGCUUUUUGAACAUUAUGAUGGAGCUAAAGAAAUGUUGUAACCAUUGCUACCUCAUUAAACCACCAGAUAAUAAUGAAUUCUAUAAUAAACAGGAGGCCUUACAACACUUAAUUCGUAGUAGCGGAAAACUAAUUCUUCUUGACAAGCUGUUAAUUCGCCUGAGAGAACGAGGCAGCCGAGUGCUGAUCUUCUCUCAGAUGGUGCGGAUGUUAGACAUACUCGCCGAGUAUUUGAAGUACCGCCAGUUUCCCUUUCAAAGAUUAGAUGGAUCAAUAAAAGGAGAACUGAGGAAACAAGCUCUAGAUCAUUUUAAUGCUGAGGGAUCAGAGGAUUUCUGCUUUUUGCUUUCCACGAGAGCUGGAGGUCUAGGGAUUAAUUUAGCCUCUGCUGACACUGUUGUUAUAUUUGAUUCUGAUUGGAAUCCACAGAAUGAUCUUCAGGCACAGGCUAGAGCUCAUCGAAUUGGGCAAAAAAAGCAGGUGAAUAUUUAUCGUCUAGUUACAAAGGGAUCAGUUGAAGAAGAUAUUCUUGAAAGGGCCAAAAAGAAGAUGGUUUUAGAUCAUCUUGUGAUUCAGAGGAUGGACACAACUGGGAAGACAGUGCUGCACACGGGCUCUGCCCCAUCAAGUUCUACUCCUUUUAAUAAAGAAGAGUUAUCAGCCAUUUUAAAGUUUGGUGCUGAGGAACUUUUUAAGGAGCCUGAAGGUGAAGAACAAGAGCCCCAGGAAAUGGAUAUAGAUGAAAUCUUGAAGAGGGCUGAAACCCAUGAGAAUGAACCAGGCCCUUUAACUGUGGGUGACGAAUUGCUUUCCCAGUUCAAGGUUGCCAACUUUUCAAAUAUGGAUGAGGAUGACAUUGAGUUGGAACCUGAAAGAAACUCAAAGAAUUGGGAGGAAAUCAUUCCAGAAGAUCAAAGACGACGGUUGGAAGAAGAGGAGAGACAGAAGGAACUUGAAGAAAUCUAUAUGCUUCCAAGAAUGAGGAAUUGUGCAAAACAGAUUAGCUUCAAUGGAAGUGAGGGGAGGCGCAGCAGAAGCAGAAGGUGCUCCGGGUCCGACAGUGACUCUGCCUCAGAGAGAAGGAGGCCCAAGAAGCGUGGACGACCACGGACCAUCCCGCGGGAGAAUAUUAAAGGAUUUAGUGAUGCCGAAAUUAGGCGGUUUAUCAAGAGCUAUAAGAAAUUUGGUGGCCCUCUAGAAAGAUUAGAUGCAAUUGCUCGAGAUGCUGAGUUGGUUGAUAAGUCAGAAACAGACCUGAGACGAUUAGGAGAAUUGGUACACAAUGGUUGUAUUAAAGCUUUAAAGGAUAAUUCUUCAGGAACAGAACGAACAGGUGGUAGACUUGGAAAAGUGAAGGGUCCAACAUUCCGCAUAUCAGGAGUACAGGUGAACGCCAAGUUAGUCAUUGCCCAUGAAGACGAAUUGAUACCUUUGCACAAAUCCAUUCCUUCAGACCCAGAAGAAAGAAAGCAGUAUACUAUUCCAUGUCACACAAAACCAGCUCAUUUUGAUAUAGACUGGGGCAAAGAAGAUGACUCUAAUUUGCUAAUUGGUAUCUAUGAAUAUGGAUAUGGAAGCUGGGAAAUGAUUAAAAUGGAUCCUGACCUCAGUCUGACACACAAGAUUCUUCCAGAUGACCCUGAUAAAAAGCCACAAGCAAAGCAGUUGCAGACACGUGCAGACUACCUCAUCAAAUUGCUCAGUAGAGGCCUCGCAAAAAAAGAAGCUCUGAGGCUUUCUGGUGCAGGAGGUUCAAAGAAGAAAAAAGCAACAGCUAAGAAGAAUAAAGCAAUGAAAUCUAUAAAAGUAAAAGAGGAAAUGAAGAGUGAUUCUUCUCUGCCUUCAGACAAGUCCGAUGAAGAUGAUGAUAAGGAUGAAAUCACUUCUGUGAAACAUCCAAAUAAAAAAAUUAAAACAGAAAGAGACAGUGAAGAAAAACCUGAGCCAGAUGUUUGUAUAAAGAAGGAACCAGAAGAAAAGAGGGAAGCAAAAGAAAAGGAAAAUAAAAAAGAACUUAAAAGGGAGAUGAAAGGAAAAGAGGAUAAGAAAGAUAUAAAGGAAAAAGAUUGUAAAGAAAAAAGAGAAAACAAGGUAAAAGAAGCUAUGCAGAAAGAAAAAGACAUGAAGGAAGAAAAGUUGAGUGAGUCCAAGUCUGACAGUAAGGAAAGAUCUAAGAAAUCUGUAGCGUCAGAUGCUCCUGUUCACAUCACUGCUGGUGGAGAACCUGUCCCCAUAUCUGAAGAGUCUGAAGAGUUGGACCAGAAAACAUUCAGCAUUUGUAAAGAAAGAAUGAGGCCUGUCAAAGCAGCUUUGAAACAACUUGACAGGCCUGAGAAAGGCCUUUCAGAAAGAGAGCAGCUGGAGCACACCAGACAGUGCCUGAUCAAGAUCGGAGACCACAUCACGGAGUGUCUGAGGGAGUACCCCAGUCCUGAGCAGGUGAAGCAGUGGAGAAAAAACCUGUGGAUUUUUGUAUCUAAGUUUACUGAGUUUGAUGCAAGAAAAUUACAUAAAUUAUAUAAGCAUGCUAUUAAAAAACGGCAAGAAUCUCAGCAACAUGGUGAUCAGAACAGCAGCUUGAAUGCUCAUAUGAUUAGAAAUCCAGAUGUGGACAGAUUAAAAGAGAAUGCAAAUCACGAUGACAGCAGCAGGGACAGUUACUCUUCAGACAGACACUCGUCUCAGGGCCACGACCGGCACAAAGACCGGCACCAAGGAGACUCGUACAAGAAGAGCGAGUCCAGGAAGCGGCCCUAUUCCUCCUUUAGUAAUGGCAAAGACCAUCGGGAGUGGGGGCACUACAAGCAGGACAGCAGAUAUUACAGUGACAGAGAAAAACACAGAAAACUGGAUGAUCACAGGAGUAGAGACCACAGGCCAAAUUUGGAAGGAAGUUUAAAAGACAGAUCUCAUUCUGAUCAUCGGUCUCAUUCAGACCAUCGGUUACAUUCAGACCACAGGCCAAGUUCUGAAUAUACACACCAUAAAUCUUCCAGGGAUUAUAGGUAUCACUCAGAUUGGCAAAUGGACCACAGAGCUUCCAGCAGUGGCCCCAGGUCACCACUAGAUCAGAGGUCUCCUUAUGGCUCCAGAUCUCCGUUUGAACAUUCAGUUGAACACAAAAGUACGCCUGAGCAUACCUGGAGCAGUCGGAAGACGUAACAAACACUGAUACUUCGUCUUUCUGGACUUUUCUUUUAGCCAUAUAUCCUAAACCAACACAGUGAUUGCCUUACAUGACUUGAACGAUAUGAGCAGAUCUUCUAUCAGUAGCAGUAUCGUUACUUCUUUCCAGGAUGCAAGGUCUAUCAUCCCAACAGAAGAGAAAAUAUUUUUAUAUUUAAGGAUAAUGCUGCACUGUACUACAAAUACUGUAGUACUUUUUUUUUUUUCUUUUUUAAAGAAAUGGAAAAUGUUUACUAUUACAGGGACCUCAACACUGCCCUCACAUAUAGGCUGGAUAAAACUGUUUUUAAGUCAGUAUUUUAGACUGACCUCCAUUUAAAUUAUGUUUAUAUAUGAACUUUUACUCUGCCCUGUGAUCAUGUUUCAGGAAGGAAUGAAAGAGAGUUCUUUCUUAAUAAAGAGAAACACUCAAGGACUUUGUUCACUUUCCAAAGCUACUUGUUUACAUUGUACACUGCGACCACCUUGCCGCUUUUCAUCACAAGCUUGAAUAUUUAAAUUCUGUACUUAUAUCUGUAAAAUAGCCAGGAAUUUUCUGUUUGUGAUCUAUUAUUAUGCCUUUUUACAAAAGAAAAAAUGGCUGUAAAUUAUUGUAAAUGGAUUAAAUGAACUUUCCUUAGUUAUUUCCCCUUCUCAGGCUUUUUUUGACUGUUCCUUUCCCUACCAACUCAGGCAUUCUUAUUAAAAAAAAAAAAAAAAAAGAAAGAAAAAGAAAAAUCAGUGUAAUAACACUUUUUAAUGAUUUGUCUUGAUGGAAUCAUUGUUUAGAAUGUAAAAAUGGGGAAAGGGGCCACUUAAUUCCAUUAGUCCUCUUUUAUAUUGAAUAUUUUAUUACAUGUUAUUUCUUCCCCCUUUUUCUUUUUUAGUCAAUAUUGUGUUUGUAGUUUUUUUUAAAUCGUGAGAUAAUAUGUAAAAUCUAAACUGCAUGCUCUGAAAACUUUUUUUUUCAGAUGCAUUUGGUUUAUAAGGGUAGGUGUAUGAACACUCAAAAUCCAAAUGGCCAAAAGUUACUGUAAAUCCAUUUGUUUUCCCUCUCACAUGGGCAAUAAUGUCAAAUGUGCUAUGCAGCCAGGUUAACAUUUUAGAUAAACUUGAUCGACUUUUAAUAUAAAAUGUUACAAUGCACACUGAUUGUAUAUAAAAACCUUAUAUAUGACAAAUUAAAUUUAAGAAAAAGGA